AUGAUUAACGGAGGCUGGGUGGGAACAUGGAGGCCUCAUCGUCCAAGAGGGCCAAUCAUGGCCCAGUAUACCAGCCCUGGGCCCAAGUACCGCAUACAAGGAGCAACAGGUUAUGUAUCACACAUCCCAACCAAAAGAAAAGCCCCUGCCUACAGUAUGUAUGGCUCAAAGCCUCCACCUGGCAAAGACCUCAUUCCGGGCCCUUACCAUGUGCAGAGUUCUAUGACUAACAGGGGAAGGAAAUCUGCUCCAUCUUAUACAAUGGCUGGUCGACCCAGAGUGAAAGUGGAGAUUACCCCAGGUCCUGCCUCUUACUCACCAGAGAAGUCACAAAAAAUUGUCUACAAAAGUGUUCCUGUGCAUUCCAUGUCAUUCAGGACUCAUGGUGCCAGAGUAGACAGCACACCAGGUCCCAAUACUUACAUGAUUCCAGAGGUGCUUGGGCCACACACAGUAGCUACCUCUGCCAGCCCUUCUUAUUCCAUAAUGGGGAAGAGUAAGCUUGGACGUUUUGAUGAAGACCUCCAUAAGACCCCCGGUCCUGCCGCAUAUAAAAAGCCGGAUACAGAGAUCUACAAAAAGAGAGCACCGAAGUAUUCUAUGGCCAGCCGAAGCAAGCUUCUAAGAGGUGGAAAAAUAACACCUGGGCCUGCAGAGUAUGAGUUAGGAAAGGUUUCAUUGGUCAAAUCUUGUGCUCCAGUUGUCACUUUUGGAAUCAGACACUCUGACUAUACAACACCUGUAAUUGUGGACGUCUACUGAUUUGCCCUCUGCACAGAAGUCAAAUUGAUUUUUCUACCAAUAUUUCUGUAUCAUGUUCCUCCACAUUUUAAAGCUGCUUAUUUGCAUAACUUCUCAAUUAUCCAUGAGAUGUUUAACUACAUUUUUACAAAUGCCAGCACUGAAGGACCAUUUCAAAAAUUCAGAAACUGAUUAUUGUUCAAGACUGAAGUUCUAUCUUCCGAUGAAGAAAAGCACCAGACCUUUCUUGUGAAGACAUUUGCAGUUCAUACUUGCCCUACUGCUUCGAGCCCAACGAAUAUAUAUUUAAGGGUAUGUCUACAUUCUGACACUAGUGUACAAAGGUGUCAUUAUCCAGAACUUGGGACACAAUAUACAUUUGAUAUAUGUAUAUAUAUAUUUUUUUCUGUAAAAAGCUACUCAGGUUCCUGCUCCAGAACCAUUUCAUGGAACUUGUUUACUCUUACAAUA